AUGUCUAAUCGAUUGGAAUCAUUAAAUCCCAGAAAGCCAUUAUCUUCAUCUUCAUCUUCAUCUUCAGGAUCGAAAUCGGCGGCAAAAUUCAAACCAAAAGUCGUUCAAAGAAAAUCUAAAGAAGAACGUGCCAAAGUUGCACCUACAAUCAAACAAGAACCACAAACAAGACAACCAUUACCAAAUAGUAGGGGUCGUGGAGGUGCCAGAGGAAGAGGAGGACGUAAUAAUUAUGCUGGCACUCAUAUGGUUUCCAAUGGGUUUUUAUCUGCAGGUGCCGUCUCUAUAGGAAACUCUAGUGGUUCAAAAUUGGGUUUGACAAGUGAUAUGAUAUAUAAUAGUAAUGGUGAUUUAUCGUCUUCAUCAACUCCUGAUUUCAUUGCCAAUUUUAAAUCAAAACAAAAAGCUUCUACUCCUGGUGCUCAAUCUGAUGAAGAUGAAGAAGACGACGAUCCAACAAAAAUUAACAUGACUCAGAAAUAUCGAUUCAACGAAGAGGAUACUGUGUUAUUCCCAGUACGUCCAUUUAGAGAUGAUGGAAUUACUAGAGUAGAAAAUGAAAUUACUAUGCCUGAUGUUGAAAUCAAACAAGAGCCAAAUGAUAGUACUGCAGAAAGUACACCAAUGCCUAUUUCAUUAACUCAAAGUCGAGAAACAACUGUCAAGAGUGAAUUAAUUGAAGAAAAAAUAGAACAAAUAAAAGAAACCAAAUCCAAACUCGAAAAGAAAAUUGCUCAAGGUGGCGAUUCAUUUGUGUCAGAAGAAACUGAUAAAAUCAUUUCUGAUCAUCAACAAAUAUUAGAUAUCUUGACUGGGAAACUUGAUAAGUUAUCCACCAAAACAGAAGAUGUGCAUCCAAAACAAAAACAAAUGCAACAAGAUAAUGAUGAUGAUGAUAUCGAUGAUAUCGAUGAUAUUGACGUUGAACUAGAAAAUGAAAAGAAAGAAACAUACUUUGACGACCAAUACAUUUUAUUUCAACUUCCAAAGCAUUUACCUACUUAUAUUCAACCAAAAAGUGCUGUGAAAUUAGAACCAGGUGUGAAAUCAAUUGAAGUAGAUGAGCCGGUAACUGAAGAAGAAAUUUCAAAACUUGCCACAAAUAAUUCAAAGCUACGUGGGAAAAUAGGAAAUAUCAAUAUUCAUCAAUCAGGUAAAAUCACAAUAGAUUUGGGUAAUGGUAUUCGAUUAAAUGUGACUAAAGGUGCACCCACAGAUUUCUUGCAAGAAUUAGCUCUAAUUGAAAUGAAUCCUCCAUCAAAACCAGAAGAUAAUGAAGAGGAAGAUGUUCAAAUGGUGGAUGAUGAUGGUAGAUCUAUAACCGGCAAAGUUGUUCGCUUAGGAAUAGUAAAUGAUAAAAUUAUUGCUACACCUUGUAUACAAUAG